UCGUCAUCAAUCAAAUCGUUAUUCGUCGUACAUAUUUUAUAACUUGGAAGUUGGAGCAUAUUUUUGUAGAUGUGUAAUAUUUGUUUAAUUCUUAACAUUUCUUAAUCGGAUUCGCUGAACAAUAUUUUGUUAUGGCCGAGAAACGUAAAACAAGAAAACGUAAAGAGGAGUUCGGGGACGCUGUUGAGUCUGAAUCGGCAACGAAGGACGAGUACGCCGUCGCGAAAUGGCUCAAGUCAAACGUACCGACCAAAAAGACCAAGUUCCUGAACCACCACGUCGAGUAUUUUACUGGUGCAAAAGCCGUGGACGCGCUUCUGUCAUCAAAAUGGGCGACGGGCAAAAACCCGCUGUUCACAACGCGUCUCGAAGUUACCGAUUUCCUGCAUCAGAUGCUCUUGCACAAACUGUUCCAUAGGGCGAAAAAGGUUCCAGUGAGCGAGCAAGAGCUGAAGGGAAAGUCGAAGAAGAAAGAGAUAGAGAAGUCGAGUAAGAGUGGAGACGAGAAGGAUGGAGACAAAAGCCAGGCCAGCGCUUGUGAAGGCAAGGAAAAAGACGGCAAGGAGAAAGAAAAGGAGAAGAAGAAACGCAAGAUUCGUCUCGAGAUGCACAUGGAGCAGUUGUUCCUGGACAGUAUGGACGCGUACGUGUGGAUCUACGACCCCAUGCCGUGGUACUACUGGCUGUUCGGCGCGCUCGUCGUCUUCGGAACCAUCGGCGUGUGCAUGUUCCCACUGUGGCCGGCCACUGUCAGAAAGGGCGUGUACUACCUGAGUAUCGCUGCGGCCGCGUUCCUUGUGUUCAUAAUCGUGUUGGCUGUUCUACGUGUGGUGGUAUUCUGCGCGGUCUGGAUGGUCACUCUGUCCCGGCAUCAUCUGUGGCUGCUUCCCAACCUCACCGAGGACGUAGGAUUCUUCGCUUCCUUCUGGCCUCUUUAUCACUACGAGUACCGCGGGCCAGGCUCCGAAACUGACAAAUCGAAGAGCAAGAAGAAACGUAAGAAGGACAAACAGUCAGACGAGGAAGAGGAAAAGACUCCGCUAGUCCAAGCGGAGCCGCAGGAGACUACCAGCGAGCCUGUACAGCGGACUGAAGCUGCUGCCGGGGCCUUCAAAGAAGAGCCCCCAGAAGUAGAAGUAGCUAGUCAGGUGGAUAAGGUGUCAGAAUCGGAUUCGGAAGUGAGCCAGCGCUCAUCCACUGACCGUGACUUCGAAAUAGUGGAGUCAGCUGACCUGGAACCAGACACCAACACAUAGUUUCGCUGCUUUUUAUUGUAUUUAAUUAGUCGUUUCAGAUAAAAUAACUGGAAUUGAACUCGAGUUUUAAACAAAUCGGGUUAUAUUUAUGAACUGUCAGAAUAAUCUUAUUUAUUUUUAAAACAUUUUUGCAUUGAAUAAUUUUUUACAAGUAUUAUCGAUUCGAAUUAUUGCGAUAGGAAGGAUAGACAAAAAUACAUGUUAUUUAAAAUAAUUUCAAUAUAACUUGCAUUUGAUUAUAACAGUAAUGUAUAACCUAAAAUAUAACAUGUAAAGGAAUGUAUCAAAGAGGAAUCUUCAAAGGAAAUCUUUCCUUCAUCAAAGGAAAGGAAAGGAAGAUUCCAUUUUAUUUUACUUAUCUUAUAUCCUUAUUGUUAUUCUUAUAUCCUUAAUCAGAAAUUAAGAUACUGUACCCUAAGCGAAAGAAACUUUUAUUAAUUAAAUUGCGGCCAUCUUGGAUAUCGCGCCAUCUUGUUUUUUAAUUAUCUAUUGUUUUAUCGACAACACUGUCAAAAUAAGUAUCAGUUGCGAUUGACAGACAAAUAGCUGAAGCCUGUUCCCGUUGGUCCCGUACACCUAAAUGCAAUAUUUGUGUUUUCAAUGUGUGUGACUAAAAGUCUUUAUAAUAUCAUAUUCGUUCCAGUUAUUUUUUUCUGAGGUUAGAAAUCAAUAGGGAAUUUAUUUUAGAAUUCAUAUUAUAAUAAUUUAUAUUUAUAACACUUUAGAUUUAAUGUGUUUCACCCUUUUGUCACAAUCUUAAGGCAGCUAUACACAUUCCCGCCGUUGUAGUAGAUUUAAAUAAAUUCCAUUUUCGAAUGUCACAAACGUCAGGUUUUUGCUAUUAUUUUGGCAUGAACCCUAUUUUAAGUAUUAAUCACAAUACAAUAAGUACUUAUUACUGCGUUCAUGCUAAAAAUAGUGAAAAAUCUAAGUUUCUACGGAUUAUUCUCCAUCAAUUAUUAUUGAAUUCGAGCAUUUGAAUCUACCAACGCCUCUUUCUUCAAUAUUGCAAGUAUUAGGCAGGCCUAAGUCGAAAUGCAAAAAACGCUUAAUAAAAUUGAGUUAUCCGGUCGUUCCAUAGAUUAUUGUGUUUUACUGACACUUCUUUAGAUUACUACGAGAAACUACCAACAUCGAUCUGUGUAGUAGCUUGAAAUUAUAUUCAUUCAAUAAAAACAAACAAAUCGGAUUGUGUGUAGCGAGCCUAAAAGUGAUUGCCUACAAUAACAUCAUCAGUGGUAAGGAAAACUUAAGCACAAAACAAAAUUAAAAAUGUAUUGACUGAUCUGUAAUUUAUGUAUGAAAGUCCUCAUUUCUUUUAGUAUGUAAUAUAUAUUAUAUUGCAAUUAUUUGAAAAGGUUGACUCAAGAAAUAACUUAAAUUGAUUACCGACUGGGUGAAUUUAUAAUUUAUUGUGUUACCUUGACCUUCACGAAAAUAGCUGACCUUCGAACACUGACACUUAGGUUAUUUUUUUAUUAUAUCUGUCUUUUACACGAUUUUAUGUUUGGAAUAAAACAUUUUUUGCGGACGGUACGUUAGACAUGAAGGAUGUCACUCAGUGUUUUGACGCAAGUCACCUGUCAGACACACUAAUGUCAAGAUGAUAUAUUCCCAAAUCUGACAGGUAGUUUCACAUAAUAUUAUUGACUUACCAAAUAGUAACUACAACACUAAUAAUAAUAAAGUUUAUAAUUUGUUGUUUAAUUUGGCAGAAGCUCAUUUUAUGCGCUCAAUCUCUAAAAAAUGUUUUCUUAUAGCAAUCAUAAGCUUUUUACUGGCAAUGUCACGUUGUCAGCCAGAACGUAGGUGACAUUUUUGACAGGUAAAUUACGAUUUUUACGGCUUUGGGUUUAAGCCCUUUAGAGCCUGUCUACUUACUAAUUUUUUACUUAAUUAAUUACGUGACUGAUGUUGUGCAAUAUAUUCGAAAUGGUGCGAAAAAUGUUGUAUUCUAUCUUCGUUUUGUCUAUAUUCUUUGGUGCUGUUAUUUUAUCGAGACGUAUUGUUUUACGCGGACUUUUUUAUGAUUUGUCGACUGACGUCACAGAUUUAAAUGUGGAAUUUUUUGUUAUUUUUAUAUCGUAUUUAUUUACCUUUAGUAUCACAACGUCUAUGGAACUCUAUCUAUGCUAAAGUUAUAAAAGAUUUUUUAAAUGUUUACCUAUGUAUUUUCAUGAAGAUGUUCAUUAAAAAUGGUUCAACUUUAAAAUUUGUUGUCCCUGUCUUAAAAAUGCAGAAAUUGUAUUAGAUGACAUCUUCGCUGAGUAAAAAAUUAAUUAUAUUUUUUUGUUAUAAAUUGGGCUACAAAUAUUUAAGUGCUGUAUUUGUACAUAUCUCUCUAUCUUAGAUCAAGGUCUAAUUGUAUUACUAGAUGUUGAUCAAGAAAUUUUAAUUCAAUAAAACAUUGAAUAAUUUGAAA